ACAAUCUCCUCCGAAACGUGGAGAAGGGGCGGAUUUGUACAGUUAAGGGCCAGCCACACCAAAACUUGUUUAGACCCUAUACUGACAUUCCUGAAGGCAAUCGGCGUAAAAGCCUUUCCCAGCCAUGAGCUCGUGCUCCUAUCUCAGGCAGCGGGAUAUGAUUCGAUUUUUGUGGAUCUUGAGCAUUCGAGUUUUUCCAUCAGUGACAGUAGUCGAGUGUGCAGCUCUGCACUAUUAGCUGGCAUCACACCAUUUGUCCGAGUACCUUACCAGUGCGGCAUCGGAUUUGUACAGCAAGUACUCGAUGGUGGUGCGCUGGGGAUUAUCUUUCCACAUGUUAGCACAGUUGAAGAAGCGAAGCAUGCAGUGCAAUGUACCAAGUUCCCACCCAUUGGCAAACGCUCGUUGACAGCCACACUUGUACAAUUCAAGUAUGAACGGAUUGGAGCUAAAGAGGCAAUGCAACAACUGGACAGCUCUGGAUCUACGGUUAUUAUUUUGGUUGAGACUGCUGAGUGCCUUGCAAAUGUAGAUGCAAUCGCAUCGGUGAAUGGUGUUGAUGCCUUACUGCUAGGAGCAAAUGACCUCUCACUGGAGUUGGGGAUCUUGGGUGAAUGGGAGCACCCGAAAUUCCAGGCAGCUCUAGAGGCUGUCGCUGCCGCCGCUAACAGGGCUGGAAAGAUCUUCGGAAUUUGCGGUUUGUAUACUCGACCUGACAUUUGCAAGCAUGCGGUGAAAGAACUGAGAGCGCAAUAUAUCUUGGGACACUUAGAUGUUGGGCUUCUAGCAAUGGCUAUGAAUAGGAAUGUGGAGCUGUUAAAAGAGAUGGAAUAUCAAACU